CCCUCACCCCAGCCCACACCUGUCUCCUGCUCUUGCGUCCCUUCUCUUCGCACACACGCUCCCGAUCUAGCGCCAGACCCUAUCGUGCACACAGCAUCAGCGCUCUCCGUGGUUGACUGGCGAGCAGGCGCGAUGAUCCGCUUCAUCCUCGUGCAGAACCGGCAGGGCAAGUCGCGGCUGUCGAAGUUCUACGUGCCAUACGACGACGAUGAGCAGUCGCGCCUCAAGGGCGAGGUGCACCGGCUGAUUGCGCCGCGCGACCAGAAGUACCAGUCCAACUUCGUCGAAUUCAGGAAUCACAAAGUCGUCUACCGGAGGUACGCCGGCCUCUUCUUCUGCGUCUGCGUCGAUGUGAACGACAACGAGCUGGCGUACCUGGAGGCCAUCCACCUCUUUGUGGAGGUGCUCGACUCGUUCUUCGGCAACGUCUGCGAGCUCGACCUCGUCUUCAACUUCUACAAGGUGUACGCUAUCCUCGACGAGAUCUUUCUGGCGGGCGAGAUCGAGGAGACCAGCAAGCACGUGGUGCUGGCGCGGCUCGAUCAGCUGGAACGGCUAGAGUAG